AGCAAAUGGCCAACAUGGCGUCUGAUGACAGUUUUGUUCCUGAUCUUCUACCAGAGACGAAUGGGGGCCAAAACAGAGAUCUUUCUCCGUAUUUCGGUCGGGGACAUUUGUUGAAUAGUAUUGAAAUUUGUGUAUCAGAGCCUGAAAAGAGAACAACGUUAUCAUCUGUUGGGUUACGAGACACGUAUACAGUGUAUUUAGUAGAAACAAGAUUAAAAGAUUCCAAUAAUAAGGAUUUUGUUGAUAGAUCAACAUCGCUAUGGAGACGAUACAGCGAAUUUGAAUUACUUAAAAAUUAUUUAUUAGUGACUUACCCAGCAAUAGUAGUGCCACCGAUUCCAGAGAAACGGGGUGUAAUUCACUGGCAACAGUUGACGACAGUUGACAAUUUCGAUCCUGACUUUAUUGAGAGGAGACGAGUUGGACUUGAGAAUUUCUUACUCCGAGUUGCUUCUCACGCAGUGCUGUCCCAGGAUAAAUUUUUCCAUGCCUUCCUGCAGCAAGAAGAUGGCUGGAAAGAAUCUGUGUAUGACACAGAAUUUCAAGCAAAGAGUGAAUCCAGGUUGAAAAGUUUAAAUGCUUCAUUUAGACUAAGAAAACCUGACAGACAAUUUGAUGAAGUGAAAAAUUAUGCAUCUGAUUUACAUAACAAUAUAUCUAAUCUUUUAAGGAUCCGGGCUAAACUGGCUGAGAGAUUGUUUGGAAUUCAUAAAAUUCAUGGUAACUAUGGUAGAGUAUUCAGUGAGUGGAGUGGUAUUGAGAAGAAAAUGGGAGAUGGAUUGCAGAGUGCCGGCCACUAUAUGGAUGUGUAAGUACCAA